AUGACCGACGUCGACAGUGGGGUGGUCAAAGUCAACCCUUUCGAGCUUGAGGCCACCUGGCGUCUCGAAGCAGACGAGGUUGCACACAAGAAGAAAGGAGAAGGUGUUGUCACACGUGCGCUCCGGCUCUGGGGGCACGACUUUCAGCUUCAAUUCUUUCCCCACGGAGAAAAGAGCGCACAAGAAGGUGUCUGCAGCUUGUUCAUCCGGUCCAAGGUCACCCUUGAUGUGGAUUUGGACCUUGCUGGAGCGAGAUGCUGCACUGAAAUCACAGAAGGGAGGCUCUCACAGCUAAACACUGGGGCCAUUGAUGGUGUUGGAUGUGUAAACUUCUGCGAAACCCCUGACUUAGCCAGUCCAGUUGAAAUACGGGUCCAGUUCAAGCACAUCGACGGCAAGGAUGCCAAGACGCUUGCGGAGGGAGCAGAGGUCCGGGCCGCAAAGUUCCGAGCAGCGGUCACAAAGAUCCAGGCCGUGUGGCGUGGGGGUAACAUCCGGCGACGGGAGGCGCUUCGGCACGCGGACGAGCGGCGGCGCCGCCGCCAAUCCCGUGAGCUGAAUGCGGCCCUGUGCCUGCAGCUGGCGUGGCGCCUGUACCAGCGACGCCUGCAGCGCCGUUGGCACAGCAAGAUGGUGCAGGCGCAGAGCACUCCGUACGACGCCAUCCUUGCCUUUGAGUCGUUGUCGCAGUUCCUGUCGACGGGGGAUAUCCGGUUCCUGCAGCACGCGGAGUCCAAGCUGCAGGUAGCGAGCGCCGCCAGGUUCCGCAUCGUCGCAGUGGUUGGCCUCUUUGACAAGGGCAAGACCUUCCUGAUCAACAAGCUCUUCAGGGUGAACCUGCCUUCCGGGAAGCUCCACACCACCAAGGGCUUGAGCUUUCUUUGGAUUGAGGAGCGUCGGAUGCUGGUCCUGGACUCCGCAGGAGUGCAGUCCACGGUGUCCUACCGUGCCCAAGCGGUGCAGGAUGCCAUCUUGGAUGCACAGACCACGGAGUCCCUGGUGUUCGAGAUGAUCUCGCGCAUCGCGCACCACAUGAUCUUCGUGGUCAACGACCUGACCUGGUUCGAGCAAAAGUACGUGGCCAUGUUGCACCAGAAGUACGUGCAGGGCAGGCAGCAAAAAGAGCUGGUCGUGGUGCACAACCUUCGGAACACCACCGAGAUCCAAGAGGCCUGCAAGCUGUUCAGCCGCCAGGUGACACGCUGCUACGACGGCGAGCAAUCCCACCUGGGCGAACUCAUUUUUACACAGGAUGCCGGAGCGGGUGCCCCACCUUUACACCACAUCGGCCUCUGCUACGAGUUCUCCAAGGCAGGUGAUGCUUUCAACGAGAAGAACCGGCAGCACCUCCUGCAGAGCUUGGAGCAUCGCAACAGCCUCGGUUCCGAGCUCGUCCUCGCAGACAUCUUGACGGCAGAGCUCGCCCGGCUCCUGCCGCGCUUCGUCAACAUCGAGGCCAGGUGCCCGGAGAGCUCCGUGUGCAGCUCUGACCAGGCUAUCGGCGUGGAGUUCUGCGAUGCACAGCAACCUACUUCCGGAGACGAGUGCCUUAAGGCGGGGUACAACUGUGUGGGCGUCCUGCGCAUGAAUCUCUCGCAGGAGGGGGCCCGUGUGGCCAUGAAGACCCGCGGGGUGAUCUCUCCUUUGGGCGAGAUCAUCGCUCACGACGUCAGCUUCGACCCCAUCGUGAACGUCUAUGACCGGACUACCACACAUGGCACCAGCCGAAUCAUCCGCAUUGAGUGCCCCGGGGUUACAGAAGAAGACGUGGAGUGGGAGGAGCUGCCCAACGGCGUGAAGAUCAGCGUGGACAAAAAGCGGCCGAUUGACGAGCAUGCCGUGCAGCCCGUGCAGCCCAUCCGCCAGCACCAUGGUGUGUGGGAGCAGGAGUUCUCUUUCGACUACUCCGAAGGCCGCUUCGAGCUUAGUCCUGAAGAAGCCACAUUCGAGAACGGGGUGCUCACAGUGGUGCUGAAGAAGGCCGCGCAGCCGCGUCGCGGCAAGUUUGGGCAAGUUGGUGAUAAGGGUCGCAGCCACAUGGUCGCCCGUGACCCGGAUGCACAAGCCCCUUCUCCGGUCCCGUCGUGCAGCUCUUUUUCGGUCCUCACUGCUGGCGGAGCAUGA